AGGGUCUCGAAUGAAAUCUCUCGAGCAUAAUAGUUUGUUUUCUUUUCCCUUUGCAUAUAUCCCCCUGCUUGUUUUUAUAUACAGCCUACAGUGAUUUUACCUGAAAGUUAAGAGGCAAUAAAUUAAAGAUCAUUAAAGAUGAGAUGGCUGUAAAGGACUAAUCUAUGAAGAUGAACUGACCACAGUUGAUUAUUUCGAUUCAGUUGAUUUUGACCACUGGACAUGGAAUAUAUCAAAUCUGAGAGAAGAUCAUUUUAAAGGAUUAUUAAAAUGAAGAAACAAAGAAAUACCUGACUUUCAAGAAAUGGUAAUACUUCUGCACAUACCAGGGAUUUACUUCUGCACAUACCAUGGAGAAUGGAUAAUCAAGGCAGAGUUAUGUUAACUGAGUAAAACAGUUUGGGACAUUAAAGCUAUGGAAACAUCAUAUUCCAGAAAACUGUACAAGGAAUUAUUGCAGAAGGAAUUACUUGUUUCGAUACAAUAUAACUAUCCCUGAUUAUACAAUUUACAUAAUUGGUGUGUUUUUAUUAACUGUUUUAACACCUGUAACUUUUAGUGACAUAGGCUUUUUUAAACAUUCUUUUUAUUUCUUAAAAUGGAGUUAAAAGUGAGAGUGGAUGGUAUUCCCAGAAUUGUAUGUGGUGUUACUGAAAAUACAACUUGUCAGGACAUUGUCAUAGCACUAGCUCAUGCUAUGGGAAGAACAGGAACAUUCACAUUGAUUGAAAAGUGGAGGGACAGUGAGCGCCCUCUUAACAAAGCAGAAUUCCCGGUGAAGGUUUUACAAAAAUGGGGAGAGUAUGCUAAUGAAGUGCAGCUACUUCUUCAGCAAUCUGAUCAGACUAAAAAGGAAUUACAAAAGGACCAGGUGAAAUCCAAAGAAAACUUUCAACAUAAUUUUACCCCACCGGUUCAAAAGGAUGGACCAGUUCGUAGAUCAUUAACAUUUAGUGGUGCACAUAAUGUUACAAACCCAUCUGUCAAACGGAAAAACGAACAACAGAAACAUUCAUGUAAGCUUCAAAACAUUUCAGAGAAGGAGAAUAUCGGUGAUAUUUCAUUGACACAGAGCCUCCCAACUGACAGAUUUAUGAAUUCAUCAAAACAGAGAGUAGAUAGACAACCCCCAUUGAUACUAAACCCACCUCCCCCAGCGCCUCACCUGGCAAGUCAUCACCCAUACAGCCAAGUUAGAAAUAUUUCGAGGAAUCAAAAUGUGGCAGAGCCUCAGAUUGCACAGCAUCAUUACCCUCCUUCUCACCCACAUAUACCUCAGGAGGAGACAACUCAUUAUGCAAUUCAGCACAAGUUUGAUUAUUUAGAUCAAUCUGAUAAUCAUACACAUCAGCAUGCUCAUCAUGGAGAGAGAAACGACAUAUCAGGAAAGCACAAACAUCUUAAUGGAGAAUCUGCUAAUCAAGGACCACAUCAAAUCAAAUACUCACCAGUGCACACACGCACAGGAAGUAGUCCUGCAAGAAAUUCUCCUAAUAAAACAGCUUCACCUGUUUCACCAACAGACUCGAGGGGACAAAGUCCAAGUCUUUCAUUGUAUAAUAGAAAUAGACAAUCAGCAUUUUCACCAGUUAUUCCUCGUCAAAAAUCUCCUAUUAGUCCAAAAACUUUAGUUAAUGGAGACUUAGAUUUUCGUGUAUAUAGCCCAGAACAGGAAAGUUCUGAUGUCGUAGAAUAUGAUUUAGAUAGCAAUUUCCCUGACUUGUACUCUGGUAAAAAAAAGGAUCAAGUGCUUGAAGAAUACUAUAUGCCUGGGGGGAAACUUGCAAGUUCCCCAAUUAAGGAAGUUUGUCAAGUUGAUUCAGAGUUUGUCAAAAUGCAGGAGCUUGUGACGAGACAACAAGAGCGAAUUAAACAUCAGGAAUCACAGCUUGAAGUGAUAGAUUCAGAAAUAACAACGUUAGAGAAAAAAGAUGUAGAGCAGGCAAAUGAACUGAUACAGAUUGCUGAAGACAAAAAUAAACUGGAACAAAAGAAAAAACAGUUUGAAACGGAACUUUCGAAAUUAGAAUCUACAAAAUGGGUAGACUUAGUACAAGCUGAGAGACAAGCAGAAGCCAAAAUUAGAAGUGAAAUUUUAGAAUUUAAAUCUCAGACUACAAAAGUGGGGUCAGAAUUAAAGAAUUUGCAAAAUAAAUCAAAUUCCCUUGAAAAAGACAUUGAAAAUGAGAAAAAUGAAUUGAAAGAAGAGAAGGAAAAACAAGAAUUAGAAGAAAAACAAUUAAGAGAGGAAGUAGAGAAAGUAAAAGUUGAAAUAAUGACCUUGUCAAAUACAGGGGAGGCAGAUCAAAUAUUAAUGGUCAAAAUUGAAAAUGAUCUGAAAGAAUUGAGUGAAGAGUUGGAUAGAAAGAAGGAAGAUGUAGUACAAUUAGAGAAAAAACUGAAAGAUGUCAACAUGAGAGAAUUUAAACAAGUCACACCAAUGGGGAGUGAUAAACCAUCUGACAGUGGAGAGGUGGUUUUAAAAGUACUGGAAGGAAGAAAAUCACCAAAUCUUGGUAUAGGGAGGAAGAUGAUUGACAGUCCUCUAAGCAAAAUAUUGUCAGUUUCCAAAAAUCCAAAUGGUGUUUGGGUGUAGCUCACAGUUUUGUGUAAUUCAUCUUUCUAAGUUAUUCGUUUUUAAAUGAUUUACUGGUGUCCCUAUCUUGUAUGUUUCAAAACAAUAGGAUACAAGAAAAGAAUUAUUUGUUAUGUAUUUUCCAUUUGGUGGCAUGGGUGUUCCACAUUUUAUUUUUUCAAGACAACAAAAACUACAAAAAGUGUAUAGCAGUUCCUGUUACAAGAAUUGACAGCUUUGUACAACCUAUUCUUUUUUCUUUUAAUUAAUAAAAAGACAAUUUUUAAAGACAAUUUUUAAAGGCUCCUUCAAAAAUUGAACAAAUUUUCUAUACUUUGUAAAGUAUGAAAUUUAUUUUUCUGAUUUUUUUAAACCAUAAAUGGAUAAGCUUAAGAUUAAAAGUAAUUCCAAUUCUAUAUCAUCCAAUCAGAAGCCACACAAGAUUCUAAUCAGAGAUUGAUGUUAAAAGGGUAAAAGUUGCUGGUAAAAUGUAAACAAAUAAUUGCGCUCUUGUAACCAAUAUUGAUAAGUUCUUAGAAAUCUCACUCUUAGCUUACGCGUUGAGGUAACAUUACAUAAAAAGUUCAGCAUUAUGUGAUUAAUGACAGACUUUAUUUUGGAGUAAUUUUUUGGGGUUAAGAUUGAAUGAAAAUGCAAUCUAAACUCUUAUGGUGCUGACUUGCUAUCAAUAUUUUCCAAGGUUUGUCACUAUCGAACCAAAUAGUGCAGUAAAGUAUUCAUUCUUUGUAUCAUUUCCAGUAAAUGUAAUGCAAUUGAUAAAUGAUGUUUUACUUAGAUAUUUUAAAGUGUAUUUGAAUUACAAUACUUGACAAGAAAAGUUUUUGUUUUAGAAUUCCAUGGCUUUCUAAAUAGGCUCAACUACAAAUGAGCAAUCAAGAACAAAGAAAGAUAACUCAAACUCUUAUAUAUAAUUAAGUUCACUGUUUUAUUUUAAAUAGAUAAAAUUGCAAAAUGAAAGAAUUCUGUAUCCUACAGUGGUCACAAGCACUUUAAUUUCUUUUAAUGGUUUUAAGCCUUGAAUUGAUUUGAAAAUAAUGACGAUAAGAAAUGACUAAAACCAUCAUGUGACUUUGCCCUUAUUUUUUUAUUUUUACCAAUGUAACUCAUAGCAAAUUCAGAUUCUAGGGUUUUAAUUUUUUUGUUAAUCAUGUUAAUAGCAUUUCUAACGAAGGUCAAUCAAGAAAAGCACUUAGUUGUAUCAAAUUUAUAAAACGCUAUUCUCAUUUAUCAAUUUGUGCCGAUAUUAUAAUCUUCUAUAUCUUAUUUGCCUCACUAGGUUGUAUUUCAUUAGCACCAAAAAAAUAAUUAUUUUGCUCAAUUUGUAAGUUAACUAAAAAGUUGAUUUAAGUUUCACUGUUAUUUGUAUCCAAAAUAAUUUCAAGGUCACAGGACAUUGGGCAAAGACCGGGUUUUGUCCAAUGUAGUUAUAUGCAAUACUGGACCUAAUGAUAUAUAUAUAUGUAAAUGUCCUGUAAAAAAGAGUCUGGUCCAGUAAAGAAGAAUGGUUUAUUGGACCAAAUAUUUAGUUGAUUUCUCAUGGUCCAAGGAAGCACUAAUAAAUGUAGUUUGUACAAGAAAGUCUGCAGAAUGCAUUUGAUUAUUUGAGUAUGUACCUGUAUUGAGUAAACAUAACUAGAAGUCACUAGAGUAGAGAAUUGUGCAAUGUUUACAUCAAAGAAAAAUUGGGGUCAAAUUAAGGAAACAGUUAGUUGGUAAAUGAUAACAAAAAUUACACCAUUAAUGCAAAUGGUGCAAAGCUUAAGCACAGCUCUACAGAAGAUUAGGUUUUUAGUGAUAUUAAAGUACGAAUUUUUAUUCAUAUAUAUAUAAAUCUUUCAUGUGAAAACAAAUAUAUUCAAUGUGUAAUUAUGCUUUGGCACACAAUGAAUUUUGUUAUGGGAAAGUGAUUCCUAUUAUUUAAAACAAUUGCUCUGUAUAAUACCUUUUUAUUUCCUAAUGUAUUUCAUUAAAUGUGAAAACCCAGUGAUCAAAUGAAAUAUCAAAAUGAGUUUUCUAUUUCAAAAUAUUUUUUUUCAUAUGAGAAACUGGAGAGAAAUUUGGGUUUCAGUUUUUGUUUAGUGAGGGUCAAAUCCAAUAAAACUUGAGAUAAGUGAACUGAUGAGGGUCAAUAUGCUAUUUUUUAUAUAUAUAUUUUCAGGUCAUGUCAUAUUAUAAUUACAUACGAUGCUGUACUUAUAACGGAAAAGAGUAAUUAUAACUUUUAUUCAUGCAAGAAGCCUUAUUUUACAUAUUUACAAGAUGAAUAAUACAAAGAUUUAACUCAAACUUUUUUAUAGUCAAGAAAUAAUAUUUGGUUCAUAAAAAAGUCAUAUUUAGGAAGGUAAGCUUUUUAUUUUUCCUACAACCAUUUUUUGCAAAUUUGAAUUUUGACAGGCUUUACUUUUGUGCAAAGAACAGGUUUCAUGUGUGACAUAAAAUAAUUAUGUCUUAAAAAUAACGCACAAUACUAAAAUAUAAAAAAAAACAUAAUUGCUUAAACAAGGAAAUUUUUCAUGCAAUCAUAAUGCAUCAAUAAAAAAGAUUGGAGAAUAAUUUAAAUGUUCUUUCUUAUAAUGUUAAACAAAAGUCAGAGUUCUAUUUUUUUUCUUCAUGAAUAUCUCAAGGCAGAUAGCAUAUUAAUUAUAUGGAUUUAAUUUUUUAUUAUUUUCCUCCACCAAUUUUGACAGUUCUUAAAGAAAUCAGAUUCAAGUGAAUAGAGAAAUGACAACUCUUUGCUUAUAAAAAUAAAGACAGAUAUUUUAAAAAUGUCUAUUAUAUAUUCAUUUCAACUGGAGGACAUCUUUAUUUUUCCAUCUUUUUAAAAUUUAAUAAAAAAAAAAGAAUCUUUAAAUAGAUUAAUCUGUGACAUAAUAUAUCUCCAUCCAAGAUUGUAACACCUGAAAUUUAAAUGUGGAGCUAUAAUUUUAAAAAUAGAGACAAAAUUUAUUUUAAUCUCAACUGGCCUGAAGGGCCAAGUAAGCUUUUCUCAUCACUUGGCGUCUGUCAUUUGUUGUCUGUCAUCCAUCUUCGUUAAUUUUUAAAAAAUCUUCUGUUUUGAAAAUACUAGGCCAAAUUCACCAAGAUAGCAGCUAGGGCUAAAAAUAGAACAUAGGGGUAAAAUGUAGAUUUUGGCUUAUAUCUUUGAAACCAAAGCAUUUAGAGCACAUAAAAUUGUUUAACAGGUCAAUAUUAGAUGAAUCAAACAACCUGUUGUUGGGUUGCUGUCCCUGAAUUGGUAAUUAAUUAUAAGGAAAUUUUGCAGUUUUUGGUUAUUGUCGAGCCUGCGACUUUUGUUGCAGAAAGCUCGACAUAGGGAUAGUGAUCCGGUGGCAGCUACGGCGGCGGCAGUGGUGUUAGCUCACUUCUUAAAAGCUUUAUAUUUUAGAAGGUGGGAGACCUGGAUGCUUCAUACUUUGUAUAUGGAUGCCUCAUGUUACGAAUUUUCCGUCAGUCACAUGUCCAAUGUCCUUGACCUCAUUUUCAUGGUUCAAUGACUACUUGAAAAAAAAAGUUAAGAUUUUUUGUAAUGUUAAAUUCUCUCUUAUUAUAAGUAAUAGGAUAACUAUUUGGUAUGUGCGUACCUUGCAAGGUCCUCUUGCCCGUCAGACAGUUUUCACUUGACCUCGACCUCAUUUCAUGGAUCAGUGAACAAGGUUAAGUUUUGGUGGUCAAGUCCAUAUCUGAGAUACUAUAAGCAAUAGUUCUAGUAUAUUAAGUGUAUGGAAGCACUGUAAGGUGUACAUGUCCAACUGGCAGGUGUCAUCUGACCUUGACCUCAUUUUCAUGGUUCAGUGGUUAUAGUUAAGUUUUGGUGUUUUGGUCUGUUUUUCUUAUACUGUAUGAAAUAGGUCUUCUAUAUUUUGUGUAUGGAAUGGUUGUAAGGUGUACAGGUCUAUCUGGCAGGUGUCAUAUGACCUUGACCUCAUUUUCAUGGUUCAGUGGUCAAAGUUAAGUUUUUGAGUCUUGGCCUUUUUUUCUAAUACUAUAUGCAAUAGGUCAACUAUAUUUGGUGUAUGGAAAUAUUUCAUGAUCUACAUGUCAGUCGUGCAGGUUUUAUUUGACAUUGACCUCAUUUUUUACAGUUCAUUGCUCAGUGUUAAGAUUUUGUGUUUUGGUCUGUUUUUCUUAAAAUAUAAGCAAUAAGUCAAUUUUAUUUGUUGUAUCUAAGAAUUGUUAGCUGUACAUGCCUACCUGGCAUGGUUCAUCUGACUGUGACCUCAUUUUCAUGGUUCAAAGGUCAAUGUUUAGUUUUCUUGGUUUAUGUUAAGUUUAUGUGACAGUUGUAAUAAAGCUUUAUUAUAAGGACUAUCAACAUAAAAUCAAUGAUUAGUAAAGAAGGCGAGACAUUUCAGUGUUUGCACUCUUGUUAUUUUGAAUAUUAUUAUAGAUAGAGAUAAACUUUAAAAAGCAAUAAUGUACAGCAAAGUAAAACCUACAAAUAAGUCAAUAUGACCAAAAUGGUCAAUUGACCCCUUAAGGAUUUAUUUCCCUUUAUAGUAAAUUUUUAACAAUUUACAAAUAUUUGGUAUAUUUUUGUAAAUUUUUCUACUAUAACUACUGAGCCAAGUUCAUUUUAGAAAGAUAUAAUUGUAGCAGCAAAAGUGUUCAGUAAAGUAAGAUCUACAAAAACAUCACCAUCACCAAAACACAAUUUUGUCAUGAAUCCAUCUAUGUCCUUUGUUAAAUAUGCACAUAGACGAAGGUGAUCGACACAGGCUCUUUAGAACCUCUUGCUUUUUGAUGUAAUGCCUUAUGGGAAAACAAAAUAAUUCUAAAUAUAGAAUAUUUAUUUGUUGAUGAACAUGGUAACUUUGCUUUCAUGCCAUCUGGUAUAUACAAUAUGGAUAUGAAGUAUUUACAUUAUUAUAUAUUCAAUCUUUCAACAAUACCUUCAGCUUCUUUGAUUUAAACUAUUCCAUUUACUGUGUUAUUGUUUAUUGUGAGAGAUAGAAUUUGUUAUCCAAAGUUUGUUAAAUGAAUUUUAAAUUUUAUAGAUAAAUUUUAAGCUGAGAUCAUUUAUUUUUUAAUACAGAUUGUUUUAUGUAUUGAACCAUUUAUUUUUUAAUAACAGAUUGUUUUAUGUUGUUUUCUAGUCUAUAAUCAUUUUAAUUUGUAAAUAGAUGCAUAACCUUGAUUGUAUUAUAGCAAUAUAGAAUUGGCAGAAAAAGUUUGCCUAGUUUCAUCCUUGGGCAAUUGUGCAAUGUCAUUAUGUUCAACAGAAAUCAUUAUCAAUAAAAAUUGUUAUCGUAUGA